AUGGACUCCGACGACGAGCCGUGGGGAGGGAGCGACUCCGACCCCGUCGCCGUCGGGGACUACUACUACGACUGCAGCGACGGGGGCAGCGGCGGCGCUGGCGGGGGCGGCGAGGAGGAGGAGGGAUCCGACUGCGCCGGCGACGACUACGAGGUCCGCGAGGAGGUCGCCUCGAUGCGCGAGAAGAGAUACAUUGUGUUAUCUGAAAAUGACAUACAUGAGCGGCAAGAGGAAGCCAUAAGACGGGUAUCUUCAAUAUUUUCAAUUCCAAGAGAAUCAGCAUGCAUCCUCCUUCGACAAUACAAAUGGAAUAUUAGCAAGUUGAGUGAUGAGUGGUUCGCAGAUGAAGAACGUGUCCGUCAUUUUGUUGGCUUGCCUACAAAUGGGGCUGUUCUUCCUGACUGCCAGGAGCUAACUUGUGGAAUAUGUUUUGAAGGAUAUUCCACAACUGCACUGAGCUCUGCUGGUUGUGUUCACCUCUACUGCCAUGAAUGUUGGGAAGGGUAUAUUAGUGCUUCAAUAAAUGAUGGUCCAGGAUGUUUGUCACUGCGGUGCCCUGAGCCAUCUUGUACUGCCAUGGUUCUUGAAGAAACCAUUAAUAGAUUGGCUAAAGAUGAGGAGAAAGUGAAGUACAAACAAUUUUUAUCAUGCUCAUACGUUGAAGAUAACAAGAAGAUAAAAUGGUGUCCAGCUCCUGAUUGUACCCGCGCUGUGGAGUUUCUUGGUGAUGAGAACUAUGAUGUCUCAUGCAUGUGCAAAUUCAGCUUCUGCUGGAACUGUACAGAGGAAACUCAUCGACCAGUUAGCUGUGAGACUGUCUCAAAGUGGAUAUUAAAGAACAGUGCAGAAUCUGAGAACGUGAAUUGGAUAAUAGCUAAUUCAAAGCCUUGUCCUAAAUGCAAACGACCAAUAGAGAAGAAUCAUGGUUGCAUGCAUAUGACGUGCCGUCCUCCUUGCAAAUUUCAGUUUUGCUGGUUAUGUCUAGGUGACUGGUCAGAACACGGAAGUAGGACCACUGGUGGCAAUUAUGCCUGCAAUCGCUAUGAAGCAGACAAGAAGAAAGGCAUAUAUGAUGAAGCUGAAGCACAGAGAGAACGGGCUAAAAACUCACUUGUGAGAUACACGCAUUAUUUUGAGCGCUGGGCAUCCAAUCAGAAGUCGAGGCAGAAGGCACAAGGAGAUCUGCAAAAGUUCGAAAGUGAACUUGCGAAGCUCAGUGACAUUCUUGGAAUACCGGAGUCUCAACUAAAGUUCAUACCUGAAGCUUGGUCACAGAUUGUAGAAUGCAGACAAGUGCUGCAGUGGACAUAUGCUUAUGGGUAUUAUCUUGAUGAUAAAGCCAAGAAUGAUUUUUUUGUGUACCUCCAAGGUGAAGCCGAGUCUGGUUUGGAGCGCCUCCAUAAAUGUGCGGAGAAGGACAUACAUGCAAUUUUACCUAAAGCUGGUGAAACUGAACCUCUUCCUUCAUUACAAGACUUCAAUGAGUUUCGUGUGAAACUUGCUGGUCUAACAAGCGUAACCCACAACUACUUUGAGAACCUUGUUCAAGCACUGGAAGCAGGGCUGGAGGAUGUGCGUGUUACGGGCGGCCAGUCGACUUCGAAGAAGAAAGCCCGCACCGCCUCCAAGAGGAAACCAUCCGCCAAAGGCAAGGCGGGCAGGAAUAAGAAGGCGAGAAUAACCUCUUAA